AUGGAUGUUACAGGACAGCUCUGCAAAUCUGCUCUGGCUCUGCUGCUUGGGGUGUGCAUGUGUUUAGGGAUAAGCUCCAUAGACACGGAUAGGACUGGUGACGGGAAAUGUCAGCACAUAGAAAUCCCUAUGUGCAAGGAUAUUGGUUACAACAUGACCAGAAUGCCCAAUCUGAUGGGGCAUGAGAAUCAGAAGGAGGCAGCCAUCCAGCUCCAUGAGUUUGCUCCACUGGUGGAGUAUGGCUGUCACAGCCAUCUGAAGUUCUUCCUUUGCUCACUCUAUGCUCCAAUGUGCACUGAGCAAGUUUCCACCCCUAUCCCAGCCUGCAGGGUGAUGUGUGAGCAGGCCAGGGUCAAGUGUUCCCCUAUUAUGGAACAGUUUAACUUCAAGUGGCCAGACUCUUUGGACUGUAGCAAACUACCCAACAAGAAUGACCCAAACUAUCUGUGCAUGGAAGCCCCUAACAAUGGUUCUGAUGAGGCGCCCAGGGGAUCAAGCAUACUGCCUCCAAUAUUUCGCCCACAAAGACCCAACAGUGGCCAAGAUCUCCAGCCUAAAGAGAUCCACAGCAGAACAAACUGUGAGAACUCUGGAAAGUUUCACCAUGUUGAGAAAAGUGCAUCUUGCGCCCCUUUGUGCACAUCUGGAGUUGAUGUCUACUGGAGCAAGGAGGACAAACAGUUUGCCUUUAUUUGGAUUGCUAUUUGGUCCAUGCUGUGCUUCUUCUCCAGCGCUUUCACAGUACUGACCUUUCUCAUAGACCCCCAGCGUUUCAAGUACCCUGAAAGGCCCAUCAUCUUCCUGUCCAUGUGUUACUGUGUCUAUUCUUUGGGAUACAUAAUUCGCCUUUUUGUUGGAGCUGACAGUAUUGCCUGUGACAGGGACAGUGGUCAGCUCUAUGUUAUCCAAGAAGGUCUGGAGAGCACAGGGUGCACAAUAGUCUUUCUUAUACUCUACUAUUUUGGUAUGGCGAGUUCAUUGUGGUGGGUGAUUUUAACCUUAACAUGGUUUCUAGCUGCCGGAAAGAAGUGGGGCCAUGAAGCCAUUGAAGCAAAUAGUAGUUAUUUCCACCUGGCUGCCUGGGCUAUCCCAGCUGUGAAGACUAUUAUGAUCCUAGUGAUGAGAAGGGUGGCAGGAGAUGAGUUAACAGGGGUUUGCUAUGUAGGAAGCAUGGACGUUAAUGCUCUUACUGGGUUUGUGCUCAUCCCCUUAGCCUGUUAUCUCAUCAUAGGGACCUCUUUUAUCUUGUCUGGAUUUGUCGCUCUUUUCCACAUCAGGAAAGUGAUGAAAACUGGUGGUGAGAACACAGACAAACUGGAGAAACUUAUGGUGAGGAUAGGAGUCUUCUCUGUCUUGUACACUGUACCUGCCACAUGUGUCAUAGCCUGUUACUUCUAUGAACGACUAAAUAUGGAGUACUGGAAAAUUCUAGCCACACAAGACAAAUGCAAGCUAAACAACCAAACUAAGGUUUUGGACUGCACCAUGACUAACUCUAUACCAGCAGUAGAAAUUUUCAUGGUGAAAAUAUUUAUGCUCUUAGUGGUGGGCAUCACUAGUGGCAUGUGGAUAUGGACCUCCAAAACUGUACAAUCCUGGCAGAAUGUUUUCAGUAAGAGAUUAAAGAAAAGGAACAGACGAAAACCUGCCAGCGUCAUCACAGCAAGUACAGGGAUCUACAAAAAAACACAACAGCCACAAAAAAUCCACCAUGGGAAGUAUGAGUCUGCCUUACCCUCUCCGACCUGUGUAUAA